AUGUCUACCCUUCACAUGUACCCCGACGGCUCUGAGCUCCCCCAUGCCUCCGCUUCUGGCGGUGGCCUCGCAAUCCUCCACGACAACAUGUGGACAUUCUACGCCUUCUCCUUCGACGAUGCGACAAAUUCCGACGUCGCAGAGUGCAAAGCCAUCCAGAAAGCACUUCAAGUCGCCGUUUCCAUCACCGCGGAUCGCCGCCAUGACAUUGUCAAGGUGAUGCUUUACACCGACUCUCAAGCAGCACUGAUAUUGCUCAAUCAGACGCAAAAUGGAGAGACGCGGCGACAGAGUUCUCGGGAUGAGGUUGCGGAUGGCAUUCUGGCAUCCAUGAUCAUUCUCGAUGCGAGAAAUAUCGCAUGCGAGGCAAUGUGGAUCAGAGGACAUGCUGGAGAUGAGGGAAAUGAAUAUGCGGAUGUUUUGGCCCGGUAUGGUGCGGAGAAGUGCAGAAUUGGAUGGCAAUUUUGGGAUCAAGAGUUUGCGGUGGACAGGCAGGAGUUUGAGCAUUUCAGGCAAGCGAUGAGGGGAAGGCGGUUCAACGAGGAACGGAUGAGAGAUAAUGAUCAUCGUGUGAGGAUUAUGGAGUUUGUGCAGUGGGAAAGGAAUCAGGUGUAUGGGGCUGAGCGACAGAGGAACGAGGCUGAGGUGGUGAGGCGGGACCCACGAGGUUGGCGACAGAUGCCGGAGACAAGAGUGGAUGAUCCUGCGUGGGCGUGCGAGUAUGAUGAGUGA